UCCAAUUUACCUCAUCAAAUGGGACAUCGCAGAUUCAGACAAAAAGAUCUGUUUCCAUUGAUGAGAAAAGUUGGAUUGAUGUUGCUAGGUUUGUGUGCAUGCAUGGUGGCAUCAGAAGAAAACAUUGAAAACCCUUCAACUGGUUCAUUGUGCAUCAGUGAAUGUGCCUCAUGUCCUACCAUAUGUUCACAACCUCCUCCUUCUCUUGUCACAUCAUAUUCAAACCAUCCACCUCCUUCACCUCUUACACCACAACAACACCUCACACCACCAUCAUAUCCACCUCCUCCACCACUCCUAACAUCAUACCCUUCUCCUCCUCCACUCUCAACAUCAAAUCCACCACCUUCUCCACUUCUAACAUCAUAUCCACCACCCCCUCCUCUCUUAAUAUCAAAUGAUCCACCCCCUUCUCCACUUCUAACCUUCCCUCCACCAUCACUACUACUACCACCACCUCCAAAGCCUUUACAACCUCCUCCUCCACCACCACCACCACCACCACCUUUCAAGUCCAACAACAACAACCCUCCUUCAUCAGGUUCAGGACAACCUACAGUUAUUUCUGGCCCUAACUACCCCUAUUACUAUUACUAUUCCUCAGCUGUUGCAUCUUCCUUUUCUCCACAUGUUAUACCUUUUUUCCUCUCACUGUCCUUCUUUCAUGAGCUAUUCUUUUGAUGGUUCCGGAUGAAACAAGUAUUUGUACAGUGUACAGCAAUUUGACGGACAUAUAUGUUUUUUCCUACUUCAUGUUUUACCUUUGUUGGGAACUCAUAAUGUAAUUACUGGUAGUAAGAGGAAUCAAUAUUCCUUUAUAAACUGUGACAAAUUCAAGUUUGUUAUUGAUUGAAUGAUUUUUUUAGUACUA